CGUCAUCAGGCUGCGCAAGGUUGUAGACAUGGUGGAGCAGAGGAGUGAAGCGGGAUCUGAUCCGAAGUAUGCGGAGAAGAUCGAUCAAACAAAGCUUACCCGGGAGCAGCAAGAGUUUAUCAGAAGAAAAGAGAUGUCUCAGUGGCUAAAGAACUCGGGGAAGUUGAGAACCAGGAAUGGCAUCACUGCCCUGGCUAUAGGCGGCAUCGUGCUGGGUAUCUAUGGAUAUACCUUUUACUCUGUGUCACAAGAGAAGUUUCUAGAUGAACUAGAAAAUGAAGCAAAAGAGGCACGAGCAAGAUAUCCAAAAACGUCUGCCAACUGAAUAUAAUAGGAUUGAAGAAUUGUUUUGGAUUUAUUUUAUGCAUGGAUACCAACUUGCAGCCUGAGCCACAGAGCUUUAGCAUUUUGACUGUCCUAUAAAACCCACAUGUCAGAGGUUAAAACUAAUUUUGUUUGAUCUAUGAAUGUAAUAUCUAAAAUAACCCUGUUUUCUGUGGUGUCUGUAUAAUAGUUACUUACAUUUUUAUGGAUA